GGUCAUGGAAUUGACCAAACUGUCCGACAUGACAAAACUCCACCAAGCUGUAGCUGCUGGGGACUACAAUUCAGUGAAAAAGAUUUUGAAGAAAAGUUUCUGUGGCCCAGACUACAAGGAAGUGGACUGGAACGACCGAACCCCACCUCACUGGGCUGCGAUCAAGGGUGAGGCUGAGCCCCAGUGCCGGGACCACCGCCAGGCCACCAAGCAGAAGGGGCUGCAGCUUGAUCAGCGGGAUGAAGACUGGGAUGCCAACAAGAGGGAGUUGGAGCUGUCUCUUCCUUCCUCAAAGCAAAACACUGAUAAGAAAAAGAAUAAGACUCGAGGCCCCACCAGGCUCAGCAAUACCAAGGACAGGAGAGUGUGAGAAGGCUGGCAUCCCAGGAACUGGAGCUGGGCUUUCUGGCAGGAGACUUUCCUUGGCACCAGACUAGGUGUUGUUUGGUGUGUGUUGUCCUGACAUGAUUUUACUCCUAGAUCAUUAAUUACCCACAUGGCUUCUACCGAUAGCUCCUGACUUGUUGUUCAGUCUGGAAGUCUGGCCUGGGGACUCUCUACAUGGGCUGUCUCCUCCUUGCCCAUACCUGCUGUCCCUAAGUACUACCAAGAGGGGACAAACGUCAGCUGUUUGCAUUUUUGUCACCAGUGAUUUGCACUGUCAGCAUCUCCUGAACCCCUGUAUGCAAUUAUAGCAUUUCAGGGGCAAAGAAAAAUC